AUCCUCCAUCAUCACUGGCAGCGCUGGUCGUGGCGAGCGACAGGUGCAACGAAAAUUCCCAGCAUCAGGAAGUAAAGAGGAGAUAAUUCAGAGUGUUCAGCUGGGAUGGCCUUUGCUGCCAGAGAGGGAUUCAGGAGAUGACAUGACGUGUCUGGCCAGCAGCUGUGACUCCAGCGUCUCCUUGCACAGCAACAGUAGAGUCUGCUGACCUCGCUCUCCUCUCCUCUCCUCUCGCCUCGCCUGGCUUCUGCUCGGCUCGGCUCGGCCAUUCACCCAGCAACAACAGCCUUCCACUCCCGUCGCCAUGGAGCUGGUGGUUGCUAAGAUCCUGUGCCUGCUGGGCGUGUUUGCGCUGAUGCUCGGGGGCAUUCUGCUGCCGGUGCGCGUGCUGAAGGCUGACAGCGAGAAGGCGCAGCGCUACCGCAAGGCCAUGGCCGUCAGCAACUCCUUCGGUGGCGGAGUCUUCCUCGCCACCUGCUUCAAUGCACUGCUGCCGGCCGUCAGAGAGAAGGUGGCUGAUGUUCUGAAGAUGGUUAAGAUCAGCACGGACUACCCCCUGGCGGAGACCAUGAUGAUGCUGGGCUUCUUCCUGACGGUCUUCGUAGAGCAGGCCGUGCUCACCUUCCGCAAGGAGCGGCCAUCUUUCAUCGACCUGGAGACCUUCAACGCGGGCGGCGGCGGCUCCGAGGCCGGCAGCGACUCUGAGUACGACACCCCGUUCAUCGCCCCUCCGCGCGGUGGCGGUGGCUCCUCGGGUGGAGGUCAUGGAGGCCACGGCCACAGCCACUUCAGCCCGGCGGAGCUGGCGCGCGCGGGCCCCCUGCGGCUGGCCAGUCUUGUGCUGGCGCUGUCGGCCCACUCUGUGUUCGAGGGCCUGGCCCUGGGCCUCCAGGAGGACGGCGCCAAGCUGGGCAGCCUGUUUGUGGGCGUGGCCAUCCACGAGGCGCUGGCGGCGGUGGCGCUGGGCUUCAGCGUGGCCAAGGCGGGGCUGGCGAUGCGCGAUGCCUCCAAGCUGGGCGUCACGGUGAGUCUGAUGAUCCCGCUGGGCAUCGUGGUUGGCAUGGGCAUCCAGACGUCCCAGAGCCUGGCGGGCAGCGUGGUGUCGGUGGUGCUGCAGGGCUUGGCGGCGGGAACCUUCCUCUUCAUCACCUUCCUGGAGAUCCUGGCGCGCGAGCUGGAGGACAAGCACGACAGACUGCUCAAGGUGGCCUUCCUCAUACUGGGCUAUGGCAUACUGGCCGGACUGGUCUUUAUCAAGUGGUGAGGAGGAGGAGGAGGAGAGAGACACACACACACACCUGAAGACUCAGCCUCAUACACACACACACACACACACACACACACACACACACACACACACACACACACACACACACUCGCAGGUGCUAUUCCUCAUACUGGGGUACGGCAUACUGGCAGGACUGGUGUUCAUCAAGUGGUGAUGUGGAGUAGGAGAGACACACACACACACACACACACACACACACAGCUGUUCCGUGUGUCCACCAGCACAACCAAAGGGAACCCUUACUUGACUGUACUGUAAGCCAAGGACAGGAGUGUUGAGACGUCAUACUGUACGACCUUCUGUACCUGCUCUACCUGCCAUGAGGUCCGAAUAAUACUUUUUUACGUAACAUUACAAUUUGUUGACGCUUUUUUUUUCUAAAUCCAAAGCGAAUUACAGUUUUGUUAUGUACAGGGUGUUGGUUACAGCCCCUGUAGCAAUUGUGGGGUUGGGUGCCUUGCUCAAGGGCACUUCAGCCAUGGAGUGAGAUGGGGAGUAGGAAGGGUGGGAUUUGAACCUGCAACCCUCGGAUCUACGUAAAGCCCAUCUCCGUAAUCUCUAGGCCACGGCUGCCCCGUUCUCAUGAAGGAAGCCACGGAUAUGACUCUCACCCGGCCCUCUUCUCUCUCUCCUCUGUGUCUUCUUUCUUAUAUUCUGGUCAAUUUAUUGACACACUUUUAAAACACUGGAUCCUGGAAGAAGAUGGCUUAGCAAAACACUUUGUAGGUUUACAUACUAAAUGGGGGAACACUACAUAAAAUAUUCAUGCAUUGAUGUGUCAGCCUGUGAAGAAGUUCUAAAGUGAAAGUGUUUUCAGCGCAUACUCUACUGUAGAGUAAAGUUAUAAUAGCCAUCUCCUAGCGUACUGUGUACUGUUACUGAUGUAUAUAUUAUUUACCUUAUUAAGAUUUCUUAUGGAAGAGUUGUGAUACUAUAUACACACCAUUGUUCUGUCAGCUGAAAAUGUGGUUAUUAUUAGUGCUUAGACAGCAUAUGCUUCAGAUGGCUUGUCCCUGUUAACAGCAUAGGACACUGAAUUAAGGCAGCAUUUUACCCAUUGAUGCCUGAUGUUGCGCUGCGCAACAUUGGCCCUGGCGCCUGGAGCUGCAUCAUGCAACAUUCAGACUCAUGAGAUUUGAGACAACUUUAUUAAAAAUCUCUGUUUGUUUGAGAUGAAUGAACAUAUUCGAAUGAAAGAUGAGGGUCUUAGUGUUUAAGUGCAACCUAAGUGCAUAUUUUUGUAUGCUUCAGAAGCUGAGAUAUUUAGGUUUUUAUAGGCUGAGGGCAGCUUUUCUUAAAAAGGGCUCAGGCAUUCAGCACCCUUUUUCAGGUGCCUUAGGCAUCAAUGGGUUAAACUAUCUGCCGUUAGGGGUGUAAAUAACAGCCUCCAUGACGAUACGAUUCAAUAUCAAUUUCUUUUCUUCUUUUUUCCAAUUACUUUUCCACUUCUAUUAUGUUGCACAAUUUACCACAAGGGCAUUGGGUAGGGGCCAGCGAUUCGAUAAUUUUCUAUACUUCAGAAUGCCCCAUGAUACGAUCCGUUUACAUUCGGCCGUAAGAUCGAUGCAUCGAUACAUAUUAGAUUAUUUAUUUACACCCCUAUCUGCUCUGCUGAGACAGCCUUUGGGAAAUGUUACCAGACCCAUGCAAGUCCAUGGGUAACUUUUGUCAUAUCAAUGUUUUUGCCUGUUGUGAUAUCUGGGGUGCAUUUCUGGAAAGUGUAGUUGUUAGCAGUUAGCAGUUUCGGUAGUUGCCAAUGGGAAAUUGCACUGCAACCAACAAAGUAGUUAGCAAGUACGCUUUCCAGAAAUGCACCCCAGGCUGGAAGGAUGUACGCUCUCCAGAAAUGCACCCCAGACUGGAAGGAUGUAAUCCAGUCAUAAUACUUCAUAGGAAGUUUUAAAGUCAACAACACUGUAAAACCCUCCUAAUGUGUACUUGUCAAAUAUUUGCGUUGAUUUCUUGAAACCACUCGAGUGUGCUGUGCUCUGUGCCAUAUGCGUGAUGGAGUUUAUGCACGGCCAUAUGAGCACUCACUUACAUAAUGCCACAGACAGAUGAAGACACAGCCUGUCUGAUUAAGAUUCCUUACUUACAUAAUCUCUUUCUCUCUCACACACACACACGCACACGCACACACGCACGCACACACACACACAGGGCCGCCAACAGGGGGGGACAACGGGGUAUGUUGUCCCGGGCCAAGGGAGAUAGGGGGCCCAGAAUUGGGUCUCCAUUACAUUGUAUGUAUUGGGUAGGGGGCCCUUUCAGAUGACUUUGCCCCGGGCCCAGCAAAACCUGUCAGCGGCCCUGCACACACACACAAGUGUGUGUGCCAGGCAGCAGUUUUUAAUUACUUCUCCUCCUUGGCUUAAAAAUCCCUCAGCCAUUCCUUCAAACAAAUGCUGCAGCAAAAAAAAAAAAAACGUUUCAUACAAGUGACCACAAAUCAUUGUCAGUUUUAAGCACUGUUUGAUGUGCUUUCUUUUUGGUUAUGCUGCGUUUGAUGUCUUGCUUUGUUCAGCUGUCAUUUCUGCCUUAGCUGUGUGCCAUGUAUUGUUAUUAUACAUACAGUAUAUUCAUGGCAUGUGUUGUUGCAUAUGUCAUGUCUCGUGCUGUUGUGCCGUCUGUUGCUUUAGUGCUGUGUUGUCAGUUUUGUUCUGCUUCAUUUAUCCUCAUCAGGUGAUGCGAUGUUUUGAUCUACUGUUGCCAGCCCAUAGAUCCCCAUCGUGAACUCAGAAAUGUUGAGUACACCGAAGUUUUUUUUUUUAGAAAUAUGUAAUACUGUGUAGGUCCCCAGUAUGUAGAUAUACUUAGGGCUGUGCAAUAUAUUGAAAUUAUAUUAAUAUGGCUGUCAAACAAUGUCAAAUUUCAUAGUAUCGAUUUGAAGCAAUAUUUUUGUAAUUUGCCUGUUCUGCCAAAAGUUAGGUUGAGCCAUUGUGAGCACAGAGCAGACUUGCUGCCCAACACUCAUGCAGAACACCACUGUGUGUUUCUCUAUGGUCCUCCACUCACACUGCUGACGGGUAGGAAGAUUGUGAAUUGUUUAGCACAAUUAUUUGUCUUCAAAAGAAAUGUUAAUUUUCUCAUUAUCGAGCAGCCCUAGAUAUACUUAGACAAGUUAGCAUCCGCCAGUUUCUAUAUACUUGGGACCCAUAUUACACAUUUGUUUUACAAAACUUUGGUGUACUCAACAUUCGCGGGUUUACAAUCCUGGCAACCAGACUAUUUAGUUGCCCACCCCGGCUCAGUCCCGCUGCCUGUACUAUGCUGAGUUGUGAAAUGGCUUAAGAUGUCAUUCAUUCCUUUUUGUCUUUAAAAGGCCACUUAACUGUUUUUCUUUGUAGUUUUAUUUAACGACUAUGAAAAAAAUCAACCAAAUGCGUAUGUUAACGUUCCAAGAAUGUAAUUUGAUUGAUAUUUUGUUUCUGUUUUAUUUAAAAGUCCUCUUUUUUAUCUUGUCAUGGGGUCUCAAAUAAAGUGUUGAAUAUUUUAAUUAUCAUGUUUAUUAUAUACAUAAUAAAAUAUGAAUUAUAUCAUAUCA